AUGGCGACUCAAUUCUCCUUCCCACCCCUCCCAUUCCAAAUCGACCUCAACCACUCGCAAUAUCGGGCCAACCAGGAAACAUGGAAGACCGUCCUAGACAGGUUUGAGAGGGCUUUGCAGCAGGUUGCUGCCGAAGCCCGCAAUUUCAUUGCCCUCUUAUUGGACCAGGACUCGCCCAUUUUGGAGAUCGGGGCCUUCGCCGGCUAUAGGAACCCCAAUUCAACGCCAUGUGCCAAUCUGAUCGCGGGGAUUGGGAAUGUCAGUGGCCAACCAUGUCUGCUCAUGUCACAUAUCCCGACCCAGAGCGGUGGGGCCUGGAACGAGAUGACAGGCCGGUGUCUUCCUCCCGCAACAAUUCCGAGUCUUUCCUUUCACAAAGGCGGCCAAUUAUUCCGGGAUCUCACCGUGCGGACCAAACAUGGCAAAUCCUCCUGCGCGCUCGUCUUUGGCUCCUCGACUGCCGGGGGAGCCUAUCACCCCGCGCUCUCCGAUCACACUGUCUUCGUCGAGAACCAAGGGCAGGCGUUUCUGGCAGGACCGCCGCUGGUGAGGAUGGCGACUGGGGAGGUGAUCGGAGCGGAGGAGCUGGGCGGGGCGAGGGUACAUGCCACCAAGACUGGGCUGGCGGAUCAGAUCGCGGCAGAUGAGCUGGACGCUAUCCGCAAAGCCCGAGAGUGGGUGGCUACCCUGCACAUCCCAUCACCCAAGGCACCCAUCGACACCAUCGAGCCCUUACCCCCAAGAUACCCCGUCCACGACCUCCCGAGUCUUGUGAACCCCGAUAUCCGAAAGUCUUUUGAAAUGCGCGAGGUCCUGCUGCGGUUGAUCGACGACUCGCGACUGCUAGCUUUUUAA